GUGUUCAAGUUAUUUUCUUAAGCGGAACGCGUUACAGACCCCAGCCGAAGCGCAGCGACACUGGACGCGAACCCGCAGCAUCGCGCUGUCUUCGUGGGAUUGCCCUUGACGCUAAAAUUGCAGAACGCGCUUUCCGAAUCGGAAAUGGCGCUGGCACCUCAGACCUCCACAAGAGCAACGGAUGCACAUUCGACACAGGAGGCCAGGGUGCUUGCACCUCAACAAAGGCAACGUCAACCCGCUGCAGCAGCAUGAAGCGCAAUGGGAUGAACGGCAACGGUUGGCCCGGUACGUCCCACUUGACCCAGCAACGUAGCCUGUCCACGCGGAUCCGCGAGAAACCCGAAGUGAAGCGCAAAGCAGGACUUGCGGCCAGCAGCUCCCGUCGGGCCGUCUCACGUCCGUUGCAAGAUACGCGCCACGUACCCCCGAAGCGUCACGGCCGUGAUGACGCGCAGCGGUGCUUUACCCCUCUACUUUGCAUACGCUGGCACCAGGAGCGUUUCUAUGGGGUCCCCACUGUCGCAUCGGAAUCUGAGGCCAGCACCAAGCAGCAAAGCUGGAGCGCGCCAAUCGCGGAGCGCAGCGACCAACAUUGCCGGGGCUCGCCUCGCGAGGACCGUCGGACGUGCCGGCUCGCGCCCAAGUGGCCCAAGAAGAAGCAGAAGCCCCGAAGCAUGUGGCGCCGCUCGCUGUCGCUGCGCUCGCAGCUCAAGACGUUCCCGCGCCGGUCGGCCGCGCACUCGCGCUGGCUCUCGUCCGCCGCGCUCACGCCCGAGGACCAGGAGAUGCUCAACGAGCCGCGCGAGGGCAUGGACUACGACGUGCUGCUGGUCGGCGCCGGCCCCGCGAGUCUCGCGGCCGCGAUCCGCAUGAAGCAGCUCUCGGCCGAGAAGGGCACGGACCUGUCCGUGUGCGUGGUCGAGAAGGGCGCCGAGGUGGGCUCGCACAUCGUGUCAGGCAACGUGUUCGAGCCGCGCGCGCUGGACGAGCUGCUGCCCAACUGGAAGGAGCUGGGCGCGCCGCUGGACACGCCCGUGACCAAGGACCAGUUCCUGCUGCUCACGGAGGACAAGUCUCUGGGGUUGCCCCACUUCCUGCUGCCCCAGGAGGAGCACAACGACGGCAACUUCAUCAUCAGCCUCAGCAAGUUCGUGCGAUGGAUGGGCGAGCAGGCCGAGGAGGCCGGCGUCGAGAUCUACCCGGGCUUCUCGGCCUCGGAGGUGAUCUACCGCGAGGACGGCUCGGUGGGCGGCGUUGCGACCCGCGACGUCGGCAUCGGCAAGGACGGCAAGCCCAAGGGCACCUUCGCUCGCGGCAUGGAGCUGCGUGCGCGUGUGACGCUCUUUGGUGAGGGUUGCCGCGGCUCGUGCAGUGAGGAGGUGAUGGAGAAGUUCAACCUGCGCGAAGGCGUCCAGCCGCAGACGUACGGCAUUGGUGUGAAGGAGGUGUGGCGCAUCCCCAAGGAGAAGCACCAGGCUGGCCUCGUGCAGCACACGCUGGGCUGGCCGCUCCAGCGCUCGCUGAUGGACAAGACCUUCGGUGGAUCGUUCAUGUACCACAUGGAGGACGACCUCGUGCAGAUUGGUGUGGUCGUUGGUCUGGACUACGAGAACCCGUACAUCAACCCGUACGAGGAGUUCCAGCGCUUUAAGACGCACCCGGCCAUCCGGAAGUACCUGGAGGGCGGUGAGUGUGUGCAGUACGGUGCUCGUUGCCUGAACGAGGGCGGCUACCACGCUAUCCCGAAGUUGACUUUCCCUGGCGGUGGUCUGAUCGGUUGCUCGGCUGGUUUCCUGAACGGCGUGAAGAUCAAGGGCACGCACACUGCUAUGAAGUCGGGUAUGCUGGCUGCUGAGGCUGCGUACGAGGCUUUGACUGCCACUGGCGCCGAGCCUGUGGCUGAGACGGCGGAAAUCAACCCUGAAGAGCCCGCGAUUGACAUCUCGAGCUACGAGGGUGCUGUGGAAUCGUCGUGGAUUGCUGAGGAGCUGAAGGCUGUUCGCAACGUUCACGCUGGUUUCCACAAGGGCUUCCUGCCUGGUCUGCUGCACGCUGGAGUGGCGACGCACGUCCUCAGAGGAAAGGAGCCGUGGACCAUUCCAAACACCGUUGCGGACUCGGCGAAGACGCGCCCGGCCAAGGAGUUCACGCCCAUCGACUACCCCAAGCCGGAUGGCAAGCUGACGUUCGACUUGCUCUCGAAUCUGCAGCGCAGCGGCACCAACCACAACCACGACCAGCCUGCGCACUUGCGGAUCAAGCCGGAGCUCGCGGAGGUCCCCUCAAAGGAGUCGUUCCCCGUGUACGCUGGCCCGGAGCAGCGGUUCUGCCCUGCCCGCGUCUACGAGUACACGGAUGGCAGCGAGGCCAACGGCGUCCCGCAGCUUGUGAUCAACGCUCAGAACUGCGUCCACUGCAAGUGCUGCUCCAUCAAAAUGCCGAAGGAGUACAUCAAGUGGACCGUGCCCGAAGGCGGAGGUGGCCCUGCCUACGAGCUCAUGUAAGGACCUCUUCGAGAGUACUUUGGUCAUACAUAGUCGCCCGGGGCUGUAGUAAAUAUUCAAUCAAUGAUACACGAUACCGGUUGGUACAAACUAGAC